AACAAUCUCUCUCUCUCUCCGAGGGAAUCAAAAACAAAGAGACACACUCACACACCCAGGCACCUUUUUUUUUUUUUAUAUUUCUCUCAGAGUCAGGGCCAUACAUACAUACAUAUGAUAUGAGUACAUAAAAGAUCCCUUUUGAGCUUUUUCGUGAUUUGCCAAAUCUCUCCAGGGUAGUGAAUUGUUGUGGUGACUUGUGAUGCACUGUGUCUGAGGGAGCAGGAAGAGAUCAAGAUGGGGUUUGAGCUGUUUGAAUGGUAUUGUAAGCCGGUGGCUAAUGGUGUUUGGACAAAGCAAGUGGCUAAUGCAUUUGGUGCAUACACCCCUUGUGCUACUGACUCUUUUGUGCUUAGUAUCUCUCAACUGGUUCUGUUGGUUCUGUGCUUGUAUCGUAUAUGGCUCACCUUGAAGGAUCACAAGGUGGAGAGGUUCUGCUUGAGGUCAAACUUGUAUAACUAUUUCUUGGGUCUCUUGGCUACUUAUGCUACUGCUGAGCCUUUGUUCAGAUUGAUCAUGGGGAUUUCGGUUUUGGAUUUGGAUGGACCCGGGCUUCCUCCUUUUGAGGCCGUCGGUUUGGGUGUCAAAGCUUUUGCUUGGGGAUCUGCAAUGGUCAUGAUUUUUAUAGAAACUAAAAUUUACAUCCGUGAACUCCGGUGGUAUGUCAGGUUUGCUGUCAUAUAUGCUCUCGUGGGGGAUACUGUCUUGCUAAAUCUUGUUCUCUCAGUCAAGGAGUUCUAUAGCAGUUAUGUACUGUAUCUCUACGCAAGUGAGGUGGCAUCUCAGGUUCUGUUUGGAAUCCUCUUGUUUAUGCAUCUUCCCAAUUUGGAUCCUUACCCUGGCUACAUGCCAGUGCGUAAUGAAACUGUUGAUGAUUAUGAGUAUGAAGAGAUUUCUGAUGGACAACAAAUAUGCCCAGAGAGGCAUGCAAAUAUAUUUGACAAAAUCUUCUUCUCAUGGAUGAAUCCCUUGAUGACUCUGGGAUCUAAAAGGCCUCUAACAGAGAAGGAUGUGUGGCAUCUGGACACUUGGGAUCAGACUGAAACUCUGUUCAUGAGUUUCCAGCAAUCCUGGGAUAAGGAACUGCAAAAACCGCAACCGUGGCUGUUGAGAGCAUUGAACAAUAGUCUCGGAGGAAGGUUUUGGUGGGGAGGAUUUUGGAAGAUCGGGAAUGACUGUUCACAGUUUGUGGGGCCUCUUUUACUGAAUCAACUCUUAAAGUCAAUGCAAGAAGAUGAGCCAGCUUGGAAGGGUUACAUCUACGCGUUCUCAAUUUUUGUUGGAGUGGUAUUGGGGGUGCUAUGUGAAGCUCAAUAUUUCCAGAAUGUCAUGCGUGUUGGUUACCGAUUGAGAUCUGCUCUGAUUGCUGCUGUGUUCCGCAAAUCGUUGAGGUUAACUAAUGAAGGCCGUAGAAAGUUUCAAACGGGAAAGAUAACCAACUUAAUGACAACUGAUGCUGAAUCUCUUCAGCAAAUUUGCCAAUCACUUCACACCAUGUGGUCGGCUCCAUUUCGUAUAAUUGUAGCACUGAUUCUCCUCUAUCAACAAUUGGGUGUUGCCUCUCUCAUUGGUGCAUUGUUGUUGGUCCUUAUGUUCCCUUUACAGACUGUUAUUAUAAGCAAAAUGCAAAAGCUGACAAAGGAAGGUCUGCAUCGUACUGACAAGCGAAUUGGCCUUAUGAAUGAGGUUUUAGCUGCAAUGGAUACAGUAAAGUGUUAUGCUUGGGAAAACAGUUUCCAGUCCAAGGUCCAAACUGUACGUGAUGAUGAAUUAUCUUGGUUCCGGAAAUCACAGCUUUUGGGAGCGUUGAAUAUGUUCAUACUGAACAGCAUUCCUGUUCUCGUGACUAUUGUUUCAUUUGGUGUGUUCACAUUGCUUGGAGGAGACCUGACCCCUGCACGAGCUUUUACAUCGCUCUCUCUCUUUGCUGUGCUUCGUUUUCCUCUGUUCAUGCUUCCAAACAUUAUAACUCAGGUGGUAAAUGCUAAUGUAUCCUUAAAACGACUGGAGGAGGUGUUGGCGACAGAAGAGAGAAUUCUCUUACCAAAUCCUCCCAUUGAACCCGGACAGCCAGCCAUCUCAAUAAGAAAUGGAAAUUUCUCUUGGGAUUCUAAGGGUGAUAGGCCGACGUUGUCAAAUAUAAACUUGGAUGUACCUCUUGGCAGCCUAGUUGCUGUGGUUGGUAGUACAGGCGAAGGAAAAACCUCUCUAAUAUCUGCUAUCCUUGGGGAACUUCCUGCAACAUCUGAUGCAAUGGUUACUCUCAGAGGAUCAGUUGCUUAUAUUCCACAAGUUUCAUGGAUCUUCAAUGCAACAGUACGCGACAAUAUAUUGUUUGGUUCUCCCUUUGACCGUGAAAAAUAUGAAAGGGUCAUUGAUGUGACUGCACUCAAGCAUGACCUAGAGUUACUGCCUGGUGGUGAUCUCACGGAGAUUGGAGAAAGAGGUGUUAACAUCAGUGGAGGACAGAAGCAGAGGGUUUCAAUGGCUAGGGCCGUUUACUCAAAUUCAGAUGUCUACAUCUUUGAUGACCCCUUAAGUGCCCUUGAUGCUCAUGUUGGUCAACAGGUUUUUGAAAAAUGCAUAAAAAGAGAAUUGGGGAAGAAAACAAGAGUUCUUGUUACAAACCAGCUCCACUUCCUAUCGCAAGUGGAUAGAAUUGUACUUGUCCAUGAAGGCACAGUGAAAGAGGAAGGAACAUAUGAAGAGCUAUCCAAUAAUGGCCCUUUGUUCCAGAGGUUAAUGGAAAAUGCUGGGAAGGUGGAAGAAUAUUCAGAAGAAAAUGGAGCAGCUGUGGCAGAUCAAACGGCAGUACAGCCAGUUGCGAAUGGGAACACAAAUGGUCUUCAGAUGAAUGGAAGUGACGAUAAGAAAUCCAACGAAGGAAAUAAAAAAGUAGGAAAAUCUGUCCUCAUCAAGCAAGAAGAACGUGAAACCGGAGUUGUGAGUUGGAGAGUCCUAAAGAGGUACCAGGAUGCACUUGGAGGGGCAUGGGUAGUGAUGAUUCUCCUUUCAUGCUACGUCUUGACAGAAGUAUUUCGGGUUAGCAGCAGCACGUGGUUGAGUGAGUGGACUGAUGCAGGAACUCCAAAGAGUCAUGAACCCCUUUUCUACAAUCUCAUAUAUGCACUUCUCUCGUUUGGACAGGUUUUGGUGGCAUUGACCAAUUCAUAUUGGUUGAUUAUGUCCAGUCUUUAUGCAGCUAAGAAGUUACACGACAAUAUGCUUCAUUCCAUACUAAGGGCCCCGAUGUCCUUCUUUCAUACAAAUCCACUAGGACGGAUAAUCAAUCGAUUCGCAAAAGAUCUGGGUGAUAUUGAUCGAACUGUGGCCGUCUUUGUAAACAUGUUUAUGGGUCAAGUCUCACAGCUUAUUUCAACUGUUGUCUUGAUUGGCAUUGUAAGCACUUUGUCCUUAUGGGCCAUCAUGCCGUUAACAGGUGUUUUGAGACUUGCGAGUUUGGCGGAGAAUAGUCUAAACGCAGUCGAGCGUGUUGGCAACUAUAUAGAGACACCGCCAGAGGCUCCACCUGUCAUUGAAAACAACCGUCCACCUCCUGGAUGGCCAUCAUCUGGAUCCAUAAAAUUUGAGGAUGUUGUUCUCCGUUACCGCCCUCAGUUACCCCCUGUGCUUCAUGGGGUUUCUUUCUUCAUUCAUCCAACAGACAAAGUGGGGAUUGUUGGAAGGACUGGUGCUGGGAAGUCAAGCCUAUUGAAUGCGUUAUUUAGAAUUGUGGAGGUGGAAAAAGGAAGGAUCUUAAUCGACGAGUGUGACAUUGGCAAGUUUGGACUGAUGGACCUACGUAAAGUGCUCGGGAUCAUUCCACAGUCACCAGUUCUUUUCUCAGGAACUGUGAGAUUCAAUCUCGAUCCAUUUGGUGAACAUAAUGAUGCUGAUCUUUGGGAGUCUCUAGAGAGGGCACACUUGAAGGAUACCAUUCGCAGAAAUCCUCUUGGUCUUGAUGCUGAGGUUUCCGAGGCAGGAGAGAAUUUCAGUGUGGGACAGAGGCAGUUGUUGAGUCUUUCACGUGCGCUGUUGCGGAGAUCUAAGAUACUCGUCCUUGAUGAAGCAACUGCUGCUGUUGAUGUUAGAACUGAUGCCCUCAUUCAGAAGACUAUCCGAGAAGAAUUCAAGUCAUGCACGAUGCUCAUCAUCGCUCACCGUCUCAAUACCAUCAUUGACUGUGACAAAAUUCUCGUCCUUGAUUCCGGAAGAGUUCAAGAAUUUAGUUCACCGGAGAACCUUCUUUCUAAUGAAGGAAGCUCUUUCUCGAAGAUGGUUCAAAGCACUGGAGCUGCGAAUGCUGAGUACUUGCGUAAUUUAGUUCUCGACAAUAAGCGUGCCAGAGAUGACUCACAACACGUACAAGGCCAGAGGAAGUGGUUAGCUUCUUCUCGCUGGGCUGCAGCCGCUCAGUUUGCGUUGGCUGCGAGUCUUACUUCGUCGCACAACGAUCUUCAAAGCCUUGAAAUUGAAGAUGAUAGCAGCAUUUUGAAGAGAACAAACGAUGCGGUUGUGACUCUGCGCAGUGUUCUCGAGGGGAAACACGACAAAGAGAUUGCAGAGUCUCUUGAGGAACAUAAUAUCUCUAGAGAGGGAUGGUUGUCAUCACUCUAUAGAAUGGUUGAAGGGCUUGCAGUGAUGAGUAGAUUGGCAAGGAACCGAAUGCAACAACCAGAUUACAAUUUCGAAGGAAAUACAUUUGACUGGGACAAUGUCGAGAUGUAGAUAAGUUCAAGUUAAGCUAGGUAUCAUCGUCCUUCCUACAGAAACAUUUUCUUACCUUGACCGAAAUUAAGAAUUUUGGAUUCCUUAAGUUCCAUUUUCAUAAACUAAACUAAAGAAAAUCAAAGAUUGUUGUGUAUUUCCUGCUAAAUAGAGUAAACAUUGUUGUGUACUUCCUACUAAAUAGAGUAGUUACUUGAGUAUC